UUAUCUAUACUGUGAAGACCACAUAUUUUGUUCAGAAAUAAUGGCAUUAGUUCCAAGUGCCAAAGGAGAUGAAUACAGAUCAUACUUGAGUGAAGAGGAAGUGAAGGACAUCAACUGGAGAUACGGAGCACCUCCUAAUUACGACGUCGUAAACAAGCUCUUUGAGGAAGGCAGAACCAAGAUAUGGCCUGCAGGUUCACUGGGAGAAAAGGUGCAAAACCUUGUGAAGACAUGGGAGAUGGAGAUGUUUCACAAAAUCUCCCCAGAAGACUACAAGACAAUUGAUCCCAAAAAGUAUCUAUUCAGUCUUAAUGGUAGAAGAUUACUUACCUUGGAGGAAAAACAAAAACUGGGUGGAGGAUACAACUCACUGCUACAAACAUCACUGCCGGAGAAGUUCAGGUGCUUUAACCCAGCAGAAGAAACUGUGGAUUCGGCCCACAGGGCAUUCACCACAGCAUUUCCUAGAGGGUUUGCCUUGGAGGUUCUCCAGGUUUACUCGGGGCCACCCUCCAUUGUAUACAAGUUCAGGCACUGGGGAUUCAUGGAGGGUCCUUUCAAAGGACAUGCUCCUACAGGGGAAAUGGUUGAAUUCUAUGGAAUGUCCAUUUUUGAGAUUGAUGAAAACUCCAAGGUUGUGAAGGUUGAAUUCUUCUAUGACAGGGGAGAACUGCUGGGAAGUCUUGUCAAAGGAGCUAGCAAUGAUGGUUCCACCAUUGAAGCAGCUUCAAGUAGUUGUCCUUUCUUGGUUAAAACUGGGUAGGGAUAGCCUUGUGAUCCAACAUGCAGAAAUAGAAUUAUUGAAGCAAAUUAAAAUAAAUCAUUUUCUGCUGGAGUUUAUAUGUUAGUAUAUUAUUGGUGAUUAUUGUUUCAAAUAUACUACCCUGGAAGCUUGAAUAAUAUUUGAAGUGUUUUAGUGUUAUAAA